GCUGGCUGGUGGUCGUUUCGCUUUGAAUCAGCAAUACAGAUGGAAACGCGGUGGAUUGGAAAGUAAAUCUUGGAUCGUUGUCCGCUGCGUGAAGUCAGCGCUUUUUAGUUGUUGUGCUUCAACUUUCAUUUCAUUUUGUGUAACACAGUAGACGUGGGGCGAUUUCGCUGUUUCCGCCGUCAGUUUGUUUUUGACCAGCUCGUGCUAGCGUUUGCUAACUUAGAUAGCGACAUUCCAACGCUAGCUGACCGUGUUAGCCUGCGGUAGUGCAUUGGUUCUCCACCUGCUCAGUUUGUUGGGGUUGCAUCGUGGAGCCAAAGCGUCAUUACAUCGUAAGUCAGCUUCGGAGUUCUUCAUGGCCGCCCCAAACUUGCAACAGCCAAGUUUCCUGCUGGCCAAUCUGAAAGCUGAUUCAACCACCAAACCUCUCCUUCAGAGAUGUCAAAAUUUGGUGAAGAUCAUUGAUGACUAUCCUGCAAAGGAACUCCAUCUGAUCUUCCCCUGGUUGGUGGAGUGUGUGUUUGGGAGUCUAGAUGGGGUCCUCACUGGCUGGAACCUGCGAUUCCUUAAUUCCCGUAGCAAUGAGUACAAUAUUGCCAUGGAAUUUCUGGAUCCCAAUGGGCCAAUGAUGAAGCUUGUGUAUAAACUACAGGCAGAGGAGUACAAAUAUGAAAUUCCAGUCAGAUAUCUCCCAGGUCCUGUCAAAGAAUCCAUCCAGGAAGGAGUGCUUCCAGACUGCCCCCUGUUCCACAACAAGCUGCAGUUGCCCCUGUCUGGUCUGCCGACUCUCAACCUUGCUCUUAAUCCUUUUGAAUUCUACAUGUUCAACUUUGCCUAUAGUCUCAUCACACCAAAGAGUUACCCACCAGGCCAACAUGGAAGUAACACAGACAGUGCCUACUUUAUGCUUGUGGACACGUACCUCAAAUACUUCCUCCCAACUGAAGGAAGUGUGCCCCCCUCACCUUUCUCUAAUUCCAGAGGCUCUGGCACUGCACCUUCUCCAAGGUCUCCUAGUGUUUACUUUGCUGGGCAUGGUGUCCACGGCCCCAGUCUCUUUAAACAUCACAUAUUUCACCAGCCUUCAGUCAAUGCAGACCCUGCCGCACAGGAGAUCUGGAGGUCAGAGACUCUGUUGCAGAUGUUUGUGGAGAUCUGGCUUCAUCACUAUUCCCUGGACAUGUACCAGAAGCUGCAGUCUCCCCAGGUGAAGUUGGCGCUGCUGCAGUACCGCCUCAGUAUGUCCAGCGUGCCGUGCCAACCCCACGCCCCACCAGGCUCUGGGACCCUCCACAACUACCAAGAGCCCUUCAGUCCAACAGAAGAGCACGUUUUAGUCGUCCGUCUGCUAGUGAAGCACCUCCAUGCCUUCUCCAACAGCCUAAAGCCUGAACAGUUGACCUCCUCGACUUCAGCCCAUUCCCAUGCACACACCAGCCCACUGGAGGAGUUCAAGAGAGUGGUGGUGCAGCGUUUUGUCCAGCAGAAGCUCUACCUAUUUCUUCAACAUUGUUUUGGUCACUGGCCUCUGGAUGCCACCUUUAGAGCAGUUUUGGAGACUUGGUUGAGUUACAUUCAGCCUUGGAGAUACACAGGAGAAAAGACCAAUCCUCAGCCGAACCAAAAUAGAACAGUACCGGACAAGUGGGCCUCAUUCGUUCAGGAAAACCUGCUCAUGUACACGAAGCUCUUUCAAGGAUUUCUGAACAGAGCUGUGCGCACAGACCUUGUCAUUGCCAAGAACGCACUGAUGGUCUUCAGGGUAUCCAAAGUCUUUGCCCAGCUUAAUCUGUCAGAGAUGAUCCAGAAAGGGGAGCAGCUGUUCCUGGAGCCAGAGCACGUUCUCCACCACCGGCAGCCCCGCGGUUACCUGUCACCCAACCAAGCAGGCAGCUACCUGUCAUCACGGCAACGGGUAGUGACCGACACAGUGUUCAGGGUGAAAAAUCACGUCUAUGCCCUGGAGGGUCAGGAUUGCCAGUACAAACAGAUGUUUGGCACGGAGCUUAGAGGAGCAGUCCUGAAGCUAAUCCAGAUCAUUGCCCAGGCCCGACAGACAGCAAAGAGAAUAUCAGACCAGUCUGUUGAGGUUGUGGGUAAGAACUCAUUCCUGACCUGGUUUGGAAUUGGCUCGGCUAACCUCAACAACACCUUCUCAGGGUCUGAACCAGAAGAAACUGAGGAGUGUUUGAAGAAAGUUCACGAGUUCCUGGACAGGGCUCUGGAGAACUUGUGUCAGGUUUUCAGGCUUAAUCCUGGGCAGCUGACACAGCUUCUAUCAAAUCUUGAUACGUCCGAGGAUGACUUCAACCACACACAGCUGCCAGACUGCAUCCAGGGAGAGGAUGGCCUCAUCCUGACAGACCUGGGCAGGAGACAGAUCAUCAAUGGACAGCGUAGGUUUGAUUUUGUGUACCAAGGAGACCCGGAGCUCCUGCCCAUCAGGAGUUAUGAGAAUGCCCUGCUAGUGCGAGUUCUCUACAGAAUAUCCUCCCUGGUCAAUGAAAGGUUUGGAGGUCGUAUGAAUGCACUGUGCUCACGGCCCGACUUCCUUGGUCGCCUCAGUUGCCAUUACUUGAGAAACUCCGAUUCAACUGCAAAACUGAGGAAGUACCCAGUUACUCGUCAUAUGCUGGGGAGAAGCCGCCAGCCAAGGCUUAGUUUACGCCCAUUAGCCAGCUACAGGAUGCUGUUAACGCUUCUGCUUUUCUACAUGUUUGGGUUCCUCUUGUCUUUGGGCCCCAUAUCCAGUACUCUGCUCAUCUUGCUUGGGGGAUUCCUGUACGGAGUCCUCAUGACCCUGAUUGGAGACAAACUGAAGUCACACUAGCAAAACGGCACAUUGCAGUGGUCCUAUACAUCUGAAAUGUACAGAUUAUCAGUCCAUUACAUCAUUUGUAGGUCUUGGAAAGAUUUCAAUAAAGGUUUUAAAAAUAUGAAA